AUAUGACAUUAAAUGCUUAUGUUAUUAGUGACUUUAAAAAAAAAAUAAAAAAGAAUCCUCCGUCGUAGCAAUAUUUGUAUCAAACCUGAGCUUUGUAUUUUACUGAAAGGUUGAUUGUAAUUAUAAAUGUGGUAAUAUUUCUGAGUAAUGGCAUAACUGAGGCUGUGCACACAGGACCAAAGACAUAAACCGCUGUAGUACCCUCAUUGGAGCUGUCAUUUUCUUGGUGGCAUGCCUCAUCUUUAAAGUUACAUGUCCCAAAAGGCUGAAUGGUGACUCAUUAGUGCAGCCAGCACUUUUCUAGCUGCUUUUCCUCCUCUCAAACAACUUGAAGUGAAGAGAUUUGAUAAAGCGCAUUGAAGAAUGAUGAAAAUUAAGUUUUCAGUUCAUUAAUGAAUGUAUGAGUAGAUACCAAGAUGAAGUAUGUAGAAUACUCAGGCUCUAUGACCAAACUCCAACAGAAUUUACAGGUCUCUGAUUUCUUACAUAAUUUCAGUGGCGUAAACCAACAAAACUGUUUUUGUAAAAGCUGGUGUGACCUCCACAAGCUGUACUGUACCGUCCUGCACAGAGGACUUGAGACCAAGCACUGUUAAAGGUUCUGGUACUAAAUUGAACAUGUGGGACCUGCAACAAGACAAUGAAGCCAGAUGAGCUUACAAAGGAAACAGAGGCUUUGCAGGAAGGAAAACUCUAGUCUCGUUCCAGUGUAAUCACUUCCUACUAAGCAUUCUCAUCACUGUGGCAAAAAAACAGACUCUGCCUUUUGGACCUACUGAACCUCAGUAUGCUUACUCAGUUAAGUUGCUUGCAUGCUUGAGUUGAGUUUUCCAGUUUUUAGAAUUAUACAUAUAUUUUGGAACAUUACUGCCAUUUUCAUCAUGAUUUUCUUUCAUAGAAAUUGUACAUAAAUCAGCUUGAAGGAAUAAAAAUAGAGAAAGGAUGUACAUAUGUACCUCCAGAUAACUUGAUCAUUUCUCUUGAUAACAUACUUAACUUUUCUUACCGCACAGUUUUACCAGACAUUUAUCUGUAUUUCACUUGAUUUACUUAAACGGGUUGGGGAAGUUCCUUUACUCUUUUUUCCCCCCGCUAUGUUUCAGAAAAACUUUUGUUAUCAUGUACUAUGCAUUUGUCGGUGAGAGAGACCUGACUCGUCUGUAACUUGUCUAUGCAUGAAUGAAUUUAACAAUUAUGCAAAUAUUGUAACAACAAAUUUCUUAAGUGUCACUCUACUCUGAACUGUUGCUAUUGAGCAUGCCGAUGGGAUAGGUUUAACUUAGUGAGGGGUUUUAAACCAUAACAAACUAGAGUGGUCAGUGUUCCAGUGAUGGCUUUAUUCUUCACUGGCUGCUGAACAUUGCAGGCACUUCUCUCUCUUUCUUUCAGAUGCUUUUUCUUCAUGUAUUCAAUAUAAUAUGUACAAAAAAAGUGUAUUUAUAUUGUGGUGCCUUGUUCUGUUUGCUUCAUAAAGGGCUUAAGUCAAACACAGUCAUGAUAGUUUUGGUUGCUUUCAUGGCUGACCUCACAAAGUGAGAGUUGAGUACAAUAAACAGUGAAAGAUGAUCCCUGGAUGCUAAAUGGAUGGGUUCAGGGUUGACAGCUGUUUUAAUUUUUCAUGUUGAUUAAACUUAAGCUACAGCUACUUUUGUUUCCAUCUCCAUUACAUCAGCGUGAUUUGAACCCAUUCAGCCAACCAGUGCCCUGUUUAGCAACAACACUGCUCCUUGUAAUACUGGGCUCUGCCAUCUUGUCUAUCUAUAAACAAUUACAAGAAAUAUAUUGUGUAUUUGGUAUUGAUUUUUAUUGUGUAAGCGGCUCUUAAAUGAUGUAUACAUGAGGAAUAUUGUGGUACGUUUUGUUUUUUAAUUCUUUUUUUUUAAUAAACUGGGGAAAUAAAUAUCUGUUUUGUCAUUUUAUAGUUAAAUACAUAUUAUCUUUUGAAUUAUUAUGUUAAGUUUGUUAAGCUGUUGUGCAUCUGGAAAGAAAAACUAGAUUAUAUAAAAAGUACUCAAGGAAGAAAUCAUACCACCUGUGAAGAAUUUAUAUAAACUUUGCAAAAGGGUAAGGAAAUUUGUGUUGGUUAUUUCUCAUAUUUAACAAUAGCAAUUGGUACUGUGUUAUAUAUUCUAAAAAGCCUGAUUAUUCACCUUUACAGUAAGUUAUAACUUGUGAGGAUAAUGCUUCUCUGGAGUUGGCCACACAGCUAAACGUGUGCUUAGUGCCACGCCCCCAAAAAUGUGACAAAUUCCCCUGCAAUAUUCUCCUGUUGGUAGUUACUCUUGCUUAGAGUUGCUUGGCGAAUUGGAUGAUUACACUCUCCCAAAGUAAUACGCAAAACGGUAUAUUUUGGCCAUUUUCUUAACACUUUAUUGAUUUACAUUGUCAGGGAUUUAAGUAGUUUUGGAAGGAUCCAUUCACAGCCAAAACAGCUUUUCACCUUCUCAUGCAUUUCACAUCUGGAUGGCAUCCCAUUUUCCCUAACCCUUCUCAACCAGAACUUGUUUAAGGUCAGCCAGUGUGGUCAUGUUGAUCACUUCAGCAGUAGGGGAAAGGUAAAGUCCCACAUUCUGGAGAUUUGGGUUUAUCACUGACUAUUAAACAGGGCUAUUCAGUUCGGUUCUACGAUGGGUGCAGUCCUGCAGGUUUUCAGUGUUUCCUUGCCCCAACACACCUGACUCAAAUAAAACUACACAGUGACUCAAUAUGAGUCAGGUGUAUUGGAGCAAGGAAACCUCUAAAAACCUGCAGGACUCUGGCUUUCGUGGAACCAAAUUAAAUAGCCCUGCUCUAGAAUUUCAUUCUUAUGUGUCUUAUCAAUUAGAUGUCAAUCAGGUGCCCAGUUCUCUUUGACCGAGACACACCUGGCAGCACUUAAAUCUCAAAAGUAAAUAGCAACAAGAUAACAUUGCAGAGGAUUUUGUCUUGUUUUGGGGUGUGUUGUUCAUUCCACAGAAGCAUGAUCUUUACAAUUUAUAGCUUGUUGUAAAUGUGAUUUAUCAGACUUUCCAACAAUUUAUAAUACAACACAGACUCCCAUUUAAUAGGUGAUUAAAAUCCACCUAGCACAAAUUUCCUUAGUUUUUGUGUUAAAAUGAUCCGUCUAGAUUGAUUUAAUAUACAUGUUCAGAUAUCAUGCUUGUGUAAAUGUGGGGCGGUUCAGAUUCAUUCAGGCGUGAAUCCUGACAAAGACAAAACGCCAGUGUGUGAUCACAAAUUGAGAAGACUGGAUCAUUAAAGUGUGUAGUUAAAGUUGUAUUACUUUAUUAGCCUUUUUUCUUGAAUUCAUACAGAAAAAGGAAAAACAUGGGAUUAGCAAUGUUCUUUGUGCUCUGCAGCUUGGCAGGCAGCACUGCCCAGGAUAAGGUGAUUUUACAGGCAGACAGGCCCUUUUUGAGGGUGGAACUUUUUGAUGAGGCUUCCCUCGAAUGCUGCUUUAAAAAUGGGCCUUCGGAUUUCAUUUGGGUCAUACGUAAUACUUCUAGCAGCUUUUAUAAUAUCUCAGACAAUGGACAAUUAAAUCAAGGGAAUAAAAAGUCAGAGGGAGCGACGUGUGGCUUCCUCACCUUCAAGUCAGUCCAGCUGAAUGAUACGGGGCUGUACCAGUGUAAGCUGCCUAACAACAUCUUCACACCUGGCACCUAUAUGCAGGUUUACAAGCCAAUGGAGAAGCUGAUAAACUUAAGGGAACGCACCAAAAACAUAAUCCUGACAGUUGAAGGAAUCUUAUUGUUGCUGUGUGUGUUGGGACCGUCCUCCAUGCUUCUGCUCAAGUCAAAGAGCCUGCAUGAACUGGAAAUGAAGAAAAUAAAGAGGGAAGAGGAAAACAUUUAUCAGGGGCUAAAUCUGGAUGACUGUCGCUCAACAUAUGAUCAGAUUGAACGCUCCCAGGCACAAGGUCCGUACCAGGAUGUGGGAACUAUUAUGGAAGAAACAGAAGAAAUCCAGCUGGAGAAACCAUGAAGACAAGUGGAAAGGCAGAGAGUCGAGUCUCUUUUGAAAGCUAAAGAUUAAGGGUGUGAAAUUUAAACUUUCCAACACACACUGCUGUUUGGGGUUUUGUACAUAGCUGGCAUCUUCAGUUUUUUUUUUUUUUUUUAUCUGAAAUCACAUUGCUUAACUUGAUUAACUCAUUUAGGAUUAAAACAGGAGCUGAUUAAAAUGGCUAUUGCCAGUAUUUUAUACCUAAAGUAUGUUUGGUACAUUUUAUAAUUCUGCUAUGUUUAUAAAUUUGGCUUAAUUCUAAAGGAGCUCCACAGUGGUGUUGAUGAUCCUCAGCUUUUACUGUAAUUUCUUUGCGUUUUACAUUAAAAAAUUCGCUUUUUUGGAUUUUUGUGAGUGCUUGAUGAAUAAAGGUGUGUAAAUAAAAUCCA